ACUAGCAAAGACGAGAGACAAAAGUACCCUCCCUCCUCCUUGAGAAGCUGCUGUGGUUUUGUUCCUAAAGCAUACUGACGCAGCCCACCAGGAAACCAAAAAUGGAACUGGAGAAGAUAGGAAGCCUCUUAGAUUCCCUAAAGAAAAUAAAGGAAAAUUUGAAUACAGACAAAAAUUCUUGGCAAGAGAAGAGGAGAAAACACAUGCAAAUGGAAAGUGGUAUGGGAGAACUUAGAAAGAAACUGGACUCAAUGGCAAGUCGAAUUGAAAUGGUACAGCAAAGACUACUAGAGAGUAAAAAAAUAAUCAAAAAACGUGGCCAGAGUUUCACUGAUGCAGCCCACCAAGAGACCGAAAUUGGGCCUGUAGAAGAUCAGAAAGACCUUAAACUCCCCAAAGACAAUGUAGGAAGAUCUAAAUACAGAAAAAUGCCAAAAGAACAAAGACUAUUAGACAGUGAAGAAAGAGUCAAAGAACAUGACCAGAGUUGGACUGAUGAAGCCCACCAGGAGACCAAAAAUGGACCUGGAGAAGACCAGGAAGGCCUUAGACUCCCCAAAAAGAAUAAAGUAAGAUCUGAAGACAGACAAAAGUUAGUAGAGCAAACAAUAGCAGACAGUGAAAGCAGAGACAAAGAACAUGACCAGAAUUGGACUGAUGAAGCCCACCAGGAGACCAAAAAUGGACCUGGAGAAGACCAGGAAGGCCUUAGACUACUCAAAAAGAAUAAAGUAAGAUCUGAAGACAGACAAAAGUCAGUAGAGCAAACAAUAGCAGACAGUGAAAGCAGACUCAAAGAACAUGACCUGAAUUGGACUGAUGAAGCCCACCAGGAGACCAAAAAUGGACUUGGAGAAGACCAGAAAGGCCUUAGACUCCCCAAAAAGAAUAAAGUAAGAUCUGAAGACAGACAAAAGUCAGUAGAGCAAACAAUAGCAGACAGUGAAAGCAGACUCAAAGAACAUGACCUGAAUUGGACUGAUGAAGCCCACCAGGAGACCAAAAAUGGACCUGGAGAAGAUCAGAAAGGUAUUAGACUCCUCAAAGAGAAUAAUGGAAGAUCUGAAUACAGACAAAAAGCAGUAGAGGAAAUAAUAGCAGACAGUGAAAUCAGAGUCAAAGAACAUGACCAGAAUUGGACAGAUGAAGCCCACCAGAAGACCAAAAAUGGACCGGGAGAAGAGUGGAAAAAGCUUAAACUCCUUAAAAAGAAUGUAGGAAGAUUUGGAUACAGAACACAAUUAGCAGAGCAAAGAAGACCAGACAGUAAAAGCAGAGUCAAAGAUCAUGAUCAGAGUUUGUCUGACUUGAAAAGAAAAAAACCUAGAGACAAGGCAGUAGAAAAUUUUGUUCUACAAGGCAGACAGAUAAUUUAGGAUAAUUGGUUUGCUAGCAUACUGUGAAAAAGGAAAGGACUUGGACACCAUACAUACAGGGUGAUCUUAAAACUGCACUAAGACUUUUGGGAGAUAUAGUAGUUCAAGAAAUGAAUGAUCCAAGACCAUUUCCUGAAGUUAGUAAGAACAAGUAGUACCUGCAAAAAGAAUGGAUUCACAGAAUCCAAUGGGGAGAAAGCUAAAAUGACAUCUCCAGGGAAUAUUAUUAUUAGAACUUCAAAGAUAUAGUGAUAAAAGAAAAAUCUUUAAGCCAUAAUAAAGAAAAAAAAAUAAAGAUUUAAU